GUGGGUUCCGAAUACCACCGAUGUCAAGACAGCCUUUCUGCAGGCUGACAAAUUUGAUGUACCUCCCUCGGAUGACGGAAAGAAGCUGGAGCAACAGAGCCAGGAUGUAGGGACGAAAAUGAGGAAAGAGCUGAAGAAAGCAGAAACAACAGAGGUAGAACCUUCACAAGGAGGACGAGAAACCCAUUGCAUCAUGCGACAAGGAAAGGAGAAAGGAUCACAGCCAGAACCAGGAGGAACACGAACAUUCGAUGGAGUUGAGGACUCCAACACAAAGAUCAAAGUGGCGAAAAGUCGUGAACUGUCCUCAACAUCAAAAAGUGUCAUGGGAGGUUCGCAGACUAAGCUCGGGAGGUCUUCAAGCGAUGUUUUCGUCAUGUUGCCAACGGAAAUGCGCCCGUUUCUUGGUGAAUACACUACGUCAGAGAAGAUGUUCCUCCAUCAGCAGCAGAUGCUCUAUUAUGGACGAGAAGUCAUGGGGACGAGUCGUAGGGUUUUCUAACUUAUUGAAAUAUAAAGUUCAGCGUAGGAUGAGCAGGGAUUUUGUACUACCUUAGAAAAAGGAAAUCAGACUCAGUCGUGUCCGUAAUUCAAGAGCUUCGAAUUUGGCCUGUAGCACCAGGCGUGACUAGUAUUAUACCAUCGUUUUUUACAAUCAUCAGCGGGUGCCAGAAUAGUGCAAGGUAGAAAUGUCGAUGUCCGCCCCUCUUCAUAUUCAUGUGAGACGGAAUGUCAUGUCUCGUCAGGGAUACGCUGACCGCGCGGCCUUCGAACUCCAUAACCCGUCUACUCACAAAGGGCUGGAGAGGUUACUAAAGACCCAUACGAUCCGUAAGCUCGAUGAUGUUGUCGCUGAGACGAUACACAAACGACCAGCCGCUAAACGCCGCGCACUGCCGGGAGGGGACGAUAGCACAUCUGGCCACCGCAUGGCUGAGCUUGAAGACAAAGUAGAUCGCUCGCGUUGUUCCACAAGGACCCGUGGAACACAAGAGCACACUGUCAGAACGCCAAGUAAAGCGUCGACGCGGAAAAGGAAGAACCACGUAGAAGUUCAUAAGGCAAAAGGUAAAAGCACCACUUUGGAGAAAAGCAAAGUCCUGCCUGAGCGAUUUCUGCUGACGAAUCGCACAAUAAAACUUCGCCAUCUUCUGAGGCUGAAAAAGCCUGUAAACGGCGUGCGUGAUGGGCCAAAGCGCUUCUACGACUCUCUGAAAGCGCACCUGCUGCGCAUUGGAUUCAAACAGAGCUCCUUGGAACCAACCAUGUUCUAUUUCUAUGAGGAACAUCGGCAAAGUAGGAACGAAAGAACUUCAUCUUCAAGAAUAGUAAAUCACGAUGAAGAAGCGGAUAGUACAACUAGUUGUACUAAGACUUUGAUAGGUUUUGUUCUGGUUUACGUUGACGACCUGCUGCAUGCCGGAAAUUCGCGCUUCUACGACGAGGUGUAUCCUCGUAUACCUAAGGCCUGUUCAUCAUCAACAUCAUUUUUAUCUGGUAUUUAUGGCAGAGUAGUUUAUAGCACGCAUGGUGCAUGGAGUGCAUGGAGUAGCAUGGAGUGCAUGGAGCGCAGAGCUUUAAGGGGCGCAAGAGGCUCCCCCUUUAGCUCCAUGCUACUCCAUGUGAUCCAUGCACUCCAUGCCGUGCGAGCUGUGGAACCUUAUAUUAUAAACUGCUCUGCUAUGGCCUAUCUCCCAGAGUGGAAGGAUUCUCAUUGAUUUUACGGGGAUUUCAAUGGGAGGAAUUGGAAAGGGAAUCUGCAUCGACUCAACCACAGAUAAUAGUCUAAUUCUAGACAACCUCAACCACAUCAAGAAAGAGAAGAAGCACUAAUUAAGUUAUAUGUCGCUCAGCGUCAAAAGAUACCUCCAGAACAGGCAAAUGAAUGAAUGAAUGAAAUCAACUGCCUCCGCUAAUAUACUUGAGCGAUUCCAAGUGGGAGCGAUGGAGUCUGCCUCAGCGCCGAAGGGGAUGAUGUACGUCGGACACAAGAUAUCUACCUCGUCUUUAGUACUUGCUUCUAACGAGGACACCUAUGGCAAAAAUGGUUAUGAAAAAUUUUCGCGCAUUACCUUGGACGUGAGCUCUAGAGUCGAUGGAUGGGCCCCAUUGAUCGAGAGUUCCAGCAUUGUCGCUCGUGUCCUCUCUAGUACUAGUGCUACAGAACUCGAUAGUAGUUCUCCAACUCCAACUUGUAAAGAUAGUCUAGAACCACGAACAAGAACAGCUACGGCCGUUGCAGUUGCACAGGAGAAGGACACGGCUUCAGCAGUAGUUUCAACUCUCGAGGACCACAAGCACAAGACCAAGACAGAGUCAGAGAUUAAAAAUUGUGAUACUAUUAUCAGGCGCAGUGAUUCUGCUGCUGCCGUUGCAGAUUAUCUGGCAUCUACCAAGGGUUCACAAGAAGCUUCUCCACGCCACACUGUCGCGGAAAUUGAGGCAGCUGAUUUCGAUCAACUGCUGAAAGAGCUGCAAAUAGACGUUGGAAAAGUGACUUCGCUGCGAGACUCGCGGCCAGACAUUUUGUUCCUCCUUGCUCGUUGGCACGCCUACUACAACAUCGCGAAGCUGUGUAAUGAGCGGGACACAGUGCGCCUAGCUGCCUGUCUCCAGGACUUCAAGGAAAUUCUGAGCUCGCUCUCGAGUCGGAGCACAUCUUCAUCUUCUUCUCAGAAUGGAGGCACCAAAACCACUGUAGCAUUGAAGUUUUUGUGUCCGACAUCAUCCAGAACUCCAUUAUACAACAAGUCGUCAUUGGGAGAAGUACAGACGGAAGAAUCGGCUCCAAGUCCAAGCCCAACCAAAACGCGGAUGAUAACGUCUCCAAGUAGCGCUAACACUGCACUAACUGCAUCGACCUCAAUAGAUUUUAGCGAGCAAAAGAAGAUGAACAGGUGUGCUGGAAGUCCUCCCGUCCCGAAACGAGGUUCUUGUAGUAGAAGUACUGAAGGCCGCCAUGAAGAUCCUGUGCUACAUCUGGUUGUCCAUCUGGAUUCCCGUGUGUUGAGUGGAGCAGAUGAGUCUUCUGAACCUAGUACCAGGACCAGCGAUGACUCCUCUAAGCCUAAGGAUAGUUUUUUCCAUUUCGUGCAAGGAUACACCAUUGGACUUGCAGAGAGCCUCCGCAGAGAGAAGCCGCGUGAUGCGCAAGACCUUCCAAGAAUCACACAGAAAAACUACAGGCGAAGCGAUGAACAUCAACUCCUGUUUGAACAGUCCACGCACCGACGCACAUCAACAAGCCUAAAGAAGUGGAAGAGCAAGAGGAGCAACCGCACAUCCACGACAAAGUGCACUUCUAGGCUUCUGUCUCUUCUAGACUGGCAAUCCACAAUCGUGAAGUAUUCCUGUAAAGCAACGGCGCAAAAGUACAACACUUGCGAGGAAGUGUCCACAGCGGUCAAAAAUUUUGCAGGAAACAAGGCGAACAACAACAACAAGGUUAACAAGAACAUGCAGGUGUCGCUUACUUAUCCUGUCCUUUUGACACUUAUCCGGAUAGUCGAAGAUAUCGCAACAAUGCGCAAGCUUUUCUCCGAAGCAAACGGAUACUUCUUAGAUCACGGUGUAGCUGAACAAGGCCAAGCGGUCUCCUCAGCGUCAUCAUUCAUUGAGGGUGCGGGCCAUUCUUUAUCAACAACAUCAGAAUUGUCGUGUGUACAGCGACAGCAGUCUUCAGAUACCAGAGUCGGGAAGCCGCAUAGCGCAGAUCGAGCACCAGGGCAUCAUGAAAGUCUAUCAAAGAAGUUCGAAGUAUCAAAUAAUGUUGUAGUCGUUAUCCCUCGUAGAGGAGGCGGAGCAGCAAUAGCUCCGCUUCUGCGCCGCAUCCGCAUGUUGAUGUGGCAGGAGGAGAACAGAAAUAAGAACAAUUUUGCGUGUGACCCUCUGACGAAGAAGGAAAUGUCGACGGCCGCGAGCAAGUUUUCAGGGGAAAAUGCUUCAGCGUCUUCUGGAUCUAGCAGCACGAAAAACCAGAAAUCCAAAUCGUCGAAUGUAAAAACACCAAGGACAGAGGUGACAAACAAGAAGAACGAGAGGAACAUGUAUAAUGCACCGACUUCACCACCAAAUAAAACUACUUUAAUUACUACAUCUUCACUCGAAAACCGAAAGCAAAACACUGAUAAUACCAGUAGUCAUGCCACAGGCACACAAGAUGAGGAUGUCAUGAAGAUACAGAUGGAUGAGCAGUUUGUCGGACUGGCAAAAACUGAGCAAAAAACCGCAGAGAAAUUACUCCAGGCCCUUGAACAGCAUGGGCUCCGUUUUUUGCCACGACUCGUGUACAGGAGAGAAAAUCAACUAUCCACAGCAUUAGUUUUUCUUCACAAAAUGCAUCGGGGGACCAAAAGCAACACUAUCUCAACUACGAGAAAGCCACAAGAAGCAUAUCGGGGCUAUCUCAAUCGCAAACUUUUGAGAGGAAAACUCCACUCGUCUAGUUGCCGUUUACGGGAAGGUCAUACAAAUUCAGUGCAUACAAGUAGACAUCACAGAUUGGCGGCAACUAGGCCAGAAGCACAGACUUUGACUCGAUCAUCAAAUCAUCACAGGGUAAGAAAUAGACAUUCACGCAUACGGGGACCCUAUGUCAAAAAGAAAGGAAGCGCGCUGUUGCGUUUUCUUCACUGCAGUUCUACACCGACAUCGUGCACCUGGUAGAGUCCACAGAUCGAUGAUCAAUCAACAACCUCAAAUCUAGCGAC